GCUCAGUUGUUACCAGACGAAAGGGAAGCAACCGAAAGAAGGGGUUUUGCUGACAUCCGCCUACCCCAUAUUAAGAUGGGUACUUUGCCAAUAAAAUUCAGAAAUGAAGACAUGCAAAGAUUCCUAUCAAAAGUUGGGCAACUUGUUGUUCAUAUCGAGACAGCUGGUCCAAAUAGCACACUACGACAAGGCUCUGGAAAUAUUUUAACACAGAUGCCAACAAUACAUGAAAGGUCAGGCAGACAGUACGGAGUCGUCCACGUGAAGAUAACCAGCAACAUGAUUCAAUCAACAGUCGAGGAACAAAACUGUACACUAACUGUCUUCCACAAGGGUAGAAGAUGUGCAAUGCUGAAACCUCGAGAAAUCUUAAGAUGCAAUGAACCAGAAGAUCUUAUGAUUACUCUAGUCUGUGAGACGGAGGAUAUCAGCCUCGUAGAUUUGAUACGGGAAACGAAGAAUUCUUUAUCGAUGAUGGCGAGGCAAUUGCCAGAAGAAAUGAAAGAGUCUUUGACGCAUCAGUUCUGUAUUCUGGUCCAAUCCAAUGGACGGGAAAUUGUCUUGAGUGUUGAAAAAUGUAAGCAGGCGGACUACGGGAUAAAGGUCGUUACCAACAAUGGACGACCAGAAGCUAAUAUCAUGAAGAUUGGACAAAGCUGCGAUGGUAGGUACACCAUUUUUAAAAAAAAUACUUGUAUGUAACUCGGUUAAACACGUGUUUUCCUAUAAUUAGGUUUUUUGUCUUUUUUUUUUGAAGGAAUUGAUCCACAAUGAACACAUAUUUAACUCGAUACCUUAAAUCUAUCUGAUCACCAUAACAUAUUAAAGCAUUUAUUAUCCAAACUAUUUGAAACAUUCAGAAGAUGUAUUAACUGCUUAAAUAAGCCUGUAAAAUGUUUCAAUUUGAUGAAAUUUAGCGCUGAUAGCUGGCCAGUGCAUCAGGAAAGCCCUGCUGUACACGCCUGCACUUUGUCCUGGCUCAUGCGGGUCCCCUAUUUUAAAGCUGAGGAAAACUCCAGAGGGCUUUUCUCUUGACAUAUGGACACAUUUUGGUCUAGAUCGGAAACUGGACCUAGGAAUCUCCACAUUCAAAGGUGUAUUAAUUACGGCUAAACAUUUAAAGACAUUUAUUAUAUAAGCCUUUGUAUAAUUAUAUAUAUAUAUAUAUAUAUAUUAAUAAGGUGUCAAAACUUAAAAUAAUUUUGCAUACCUGACUUUUAUCUUAUCGCCUAUCUUACACAAGUCAUUCAGCAUGUAGCCUGUAAGAGGGAUAUUUAACAAACAGACAAGAUCCAAUUUGAGAAAACUUGUUCAAAAUCAGUUGUCCUCGAAAUGUUAAACAGCAUUCGGCCAACACAUAUUUAUAUUGAUUAAAUUGUGAAAUCUAUGUAUUAGUCUAUCACUCAUUACUAAUGCAUCAUGCAGUGCAUACCUUCAAGGAUUUGCCUAUUCCCUUAACGACAUGGCCCGCCUUACCUGGCGAUCAGAUGGGGCAUUAUUCUAAAGUUGUUACCAUCAAAGUGGCACAUCCUGUCAUGAGAAGUAUGGAACAACGUUUGCUUACACUACAGAAUGUGCCCCAGUUGCCCUACAUCGCCAAUGAACUAGCUAAGGGUGGAUUUUUCUUUAUGGGUAUGUUUAUAUAUUUUUUUAAUUUAAUUUAAUAACUCGCUAAACAAACGGAAUAGUCUCCACACACAAAAAUUCAACAUUAACAAUGAUAAUUAUUUUAGAUUAUUUGUUACACGUUAAAAAGGUCCAAGAAAUUGCAUUUGUUUCUCACUCUGUUUUUAAUAAUUUAGUGUGACCCUAGAUCGCUAGAAAAGGAUGAAAAAAUAAACCACAUAUUUAUGUAUAAUGUCCUUUGAUGAAACAAUACAUAUUAUAUGUCAACCGAUUGUAUAGUGUAUUAAUAAAUGUGCCUAAGGUCAGUUUGUGUUGUAUUCACUCGAACAUUGCAUUUGUCACCAUUAAAUGAACACUCGCUUUAUGCAAGGAAACGAUAAGAAUAAACAUGCUAUUGUUUUUAUUCAUUUUAUUUUGAUUGAAGUUACUGAUACAUGUAAUGUCAGCUACUGAAAAACUUUUUCAAAUAAAAAAUAUAGCUUCCACAUAACAUAUAUCAUUAAUAUUUAGCUAUUGAAGUGCUUUCCUCGUGAUUAUUUUAUUGAAAUUUUAGCUACUGAAACUCCGCCAUAAUUUUUUGAAAUACAAUUGUAGCUUCUGAAACAAACAAAAUAUAUAAUUUUAGCUAUGGAGUCGUCCAUUCAUUAUGUCAACAAAAACUGGGGGGGGGGGGGGGUGGGAAAAUUUUUGACAGUUGUUGACAAAGGGGAGGGGUGUUAGAUUAAUUGACUUCACUAAACACGUUUUCUCAAUUAAUGAAAUUUUGUAUCUUAAAAAUGAUUACACUACUAUUACACUACAUUAAAAAAUUUAAUGAGUGUUAAUUAAAACAAUCAUAUAAUUUUUAGUUGAAUAAAUUUUGUAUGUUCUUUAUCAAGCCUAAGAUGCAAUAAAAUGUUUUCCUUACAAUUGUAUCUAAUUUAAAUGGAUCAACACAAAGUAAAAUAUACGUAUAAAUUUAUUUAUAAUAUAAUUAAUUUUUGUUGGCCGGGGGGGUGAGGUUGGGGGGGGGUUUACAUCACCCUAUAGAAACACCUACCACAUUGAUAUUUAUGUACAGAAACGCUUAUGACUUCAGCAUACAGCCAUCGAAACACAACAUUCGUAUUUGGCCAAUAGAACGAUAAAUAAACAGGUUUAAAAUUUAAUUUGUUAAACACACAUCUGUCACACGUACAGGUAUGGACAAGCGUAUGACAUGCUAUGAAUGUGGCUACACGCUGAGGACCGCCACCAAACGCCCGAGUCCGUUUGUUCUCCAUUGCAGAGAUCAACCCGAAUGUCAGGCAGCCGUGCAAUGUAAACCCCAUGCUAAAAUUGACAUAAAAUUCAGCGCCUGUUUUUAAACGGGAAUGUUGUAUUAUUGAUGACGCAUUUUCAUCAUUUUUAGAAGUCAAAUGUUUAAAACUUUGAGAGAUUUAAAACGUAACUAUGAUAAUAAUAUAUGUCAAGGGAGAGUAUAAAGCACAAGAAAGAUCAUGCUUGCCUUGUUUCUUUUAGAAAUAUUCUUCAUCGGAGUGUCUGUAAAAAUGUAAAACAAAACUAUAAUGUCAAAUUGAUAUAUCGUUCUGAUAAAAGGAUUGUGCUUAUUGCAUAUGGAGUGUGCAUUCUUUUGUGAUAUAAUAAGGUUACUAUGAUUCCUUAGAGUGACUUUGUUUACUUUUCCGAAUCUAUAAGAUAUCGAACAUCUACUCCUGUGUUGUGUCUGCCGACAGAGACGCAUUUCAAGCCUUGCAUACCCAUGUCUUCAUUUAAAGAUGUGUGACGUCUGUUCUUACAACCAAAGAAAAUGUCCCGCGUGUGACACGGCUAUAACUCAUCGGUUCACUGUUUAUGCAAUUGUGAGUAAAAUUUAGUUGAUAAUCUUUUGUAAAAAAUUAUAUAUAUAUACAUAUGUGUGUUUUGCUUUUUUAAGUUGAUUGAAAGACGUGUUUAUUUAACUGUUACUCACUGCCUUCCACAGUGAGAAAUACUCUCUUAUUUUUAGUUAUUUAUUUGCUCGUUCUGAGCAAUGCCAACAAAGGACGAUCACACAGGGAAAUACAAUAGCAAAAAUACGACUCUCAAAACGGUACUAAUCAGAAUUAAUAAGAUUUAUUUCAGUAUAAAUAUAAUUACAAAACAAGAGAAAUACAAUUACAAUCAUCAACUUACAGAUAAUGGGCUGUUAGUACAUAGGGAUGUUAGAAUACGCAUUAAGUACAAUGUUCCAAUUAAUAAGGUACAAUAAUUGAAUGCUAAUAAACGCAUAUGAGUACACCCAGAGUAGUACACUUGUCUCGUGAAGUGAAAAAUAUCUAUCAAUCCAUCUCCUCCCGUCUUUCAAUUCCCCGGCUUUAUGUAUGGGUAUCGCCUGUUUCUAAGAAGAUUUGGGGGCAGAAUAUACAUUGUAGUCGUGACUCGAAUCUUCUACAAAUUUCCAAAAUUUACGACAAUUUUGUGCCAUAUUCGAGACAAGACAAACAGGCGAUAGAUUGUUUGGUGGUAAAAAAAAAGAUCAAAAGAAAUAGACCACGCUCAAUACGAACGCAGUCUAAUUUGGGAGUCAAACAGAGUUGAAAUCACGGGGAAAGUGUGCCGUAAACACGUUCUACAUAACAUAACAUUGAAUCAAUAUUGGAAUUUUUCAUAUUUUUGUCGAUAAAUUGCAUUAGCGAAUGUUCAAGUGGGUUAUUAAACUGGGCAUCCAAUGUAACAUGAAACAUCUGUGCCUUGUUUCAGCUUAUAAACGAAAAUAUUCCAUCCACUCCAGUGCACUAAAGUUCACUUCAUACCCCUUCGAAAAUACACUUAAAACCUUCCCAGCAUGCUCCAAUGGCAUAACUAAUGACCGCUGCCCCGAAAUAACACGAGUCUCCUAUUGACCUGGAAGUCAACUGGCAUUUAAGUAGGGAUAUUAUCCCACAAACUUGCAAUUAAAGAAUACAUCCGUGAAUAUAUUGUCUAAAGACAUGUCGUAUAUUGAAAGUUUGUCCAAACCACAUGUAGAAAAAUCUUUCAUGGUCCAAUAUCAGGAAAAUGUCGAACACUGUUGUCAUUAAUUUUUCAUUUGUAUACCUCAAAAAAAAAACCCACUAUAUUUUGUGUCAUUUAAUUAAAGUGUAUGUCCUCAAGGAUUUUAUGUGUGUCUUUCCUUUGACAGAGCAACAUUCUGUGAGGCGUGACAGAAGUGAAAUUGCCAAGCGAUUGGAGGAAAAAACAACAACAACAUCAACACACAAACAGAAAACUUCACCCGUUACUCCAAUUAAUAGAAAAUAUUUCGCAAAUGGUGCUUCGAUGAUUUUGUAGAGACCAGAUGGCGACAAGUGUUGCUCUUAAAUUUGGAGCAAAUGUAUAGAGAAAAUAUGGAUGCAUCAUGGUCUUAAUUGAUCGUUGAUGAGGAUCACCACCAUUUGGCCAGAAGAUAUCAGCUGUUUCCUCGGUCUGAACAAAUUUAUCAGCUGUUUCCUCGGUCUGAACAAAAUGAACUCAUCGUUAGAGUAACGUUCAGCAAACAGUCGCAUGUUUAAUUAUUGUUUAUCAUUUAUAAUCAUCGUCACCACUUGCCUUUAAGUCAUCAAAUUUUGAAUUUUUGUGUCCUCGUUGGUAAAAGAUUGAUAGUUCUGAGGCAACUUCAAAUUGUACUGUACCAAUGUUGAAACAAAUAUAUCGUUGCGAUACGGGUAAGUCACUGCGUUUAGCCAGUAAAGAUAUCGUGUAAUGAUAUUAAUAUUUAGCCACACACGUUUAUACGACGUGAUGGUCUGCCCUAUAUUGUAAAAUACACUAUAUCAUUUUUUUCCAUUAUAAUAUAUCUUUCAUCCAGGGCAAUUUUAAGAAUCAUUUUCGUUAUGAUAUGUUCAUUUUAUUUUAGAAAAGAUUUUGAGUCCUGCGUGCUCUCUAUUGUGUUCUUAAUUACCUUAAUUGGUGGCUGUCCUCCCCAUGCUACAUUUAUGACAUCACACUUUCUCUUAAACGCACAUCAGCUUGCAACAUCGGACGUAAAGGAGGCAGCAAUUUUGUUUAUAAAACAGUAUUCUAUGAUAUUAUGUCAGUUGGGUUUAAAAGCUACUCAAUGUGUCGCCCUUGUUACUGUCCUUUAAAAUAGUUUGUGUAUGUUUUAUAUACUAAAUAAUGAGCCUUUAAGUGUAAUUAUUAGAUGUAUAUCUGUCAGUUGUUACGAGAUUUUGAAAGGUUAGCUACGUCCCUUGGCGUGUUAAAUUUGUCUUUUUCUAAGAAAAUAAUUACGCUUAGCAAAUUGGUUUUUAAUAUGUUUCAUUGCCCUUAAAAUUAAAUUUAUUAUAAUUUUGUUUUUAAAAUUAACCAUGUCUGGCAACACCUUUUUUCUUACCGUUGGUUAUACACCCGGAAAAAUUGGAUACCAAGCUGCAAGAUGUUUUGGAAGAUUGUAUAAAUAUAAGUUUAAUUCUUUUUUUGUCCAAUAAUCAUGUCUUCUCUUUGACAAUAAAUUGAGUUUUCAACAAAAAUUCCAAGAAUCUUAUUACUUUUAAAAAAUAUUUCCUUCUAUGGUUAUGCAAUCACAU